AUGAAGGAAGCUUCUUCUGAACCACCCAACAUAGAUGGCAGUCAUUCUGUUGCACAACCCCCAGCGCCCUCUGCUCAGGCCCUGAAUGAGCAACCCCAACCUCCUCAACAAGAGUUUAACGAAAAGACUCACCUAAAUCAGCAAAAUGGUAGCUCUGGUUCUGUCGGUGGCGGCGGCGGUGGCCCCCAGUUCACCAGCCACAGUAACUCCAUGCUCAAGAUUCCCUCUGCUGGCGAUGUCCCAUCUCACACAUCGUCUCAGAUUGCACGGUCGGGGUCUCUCAUAGAGACUCCCAACAAGGUCGAGCAACCCUCGCAAGAAGAAAACCCAAUUUCAAGUACCACAGGCAAGAAGAAAGGCUUCGUUGCCGAAGUGAAGCGUAGUGUCAGAAUUGCUAUCACCUACAGCUGGCUCAAUGUCUUCCUCAUCUUUGUCCCAGUUGGUAUUGCCGUCGCUCAGAUCGAUGGCAUCAAUGGUGCCAUUGUCUUUGGCCUCAAUGCUGUUGCCAUUAUUCCUCUCGCCGGACUUUUAGCUUUUGCUACCGAAUCUGUAGCCCGCAAAAUGGGAGAUGCACUAGGUGCAUUGCUGAACGUCACUUUUGGUAAUGCCGUAGAGUUGAUCAUCUUUAUACUGGCCCUCACAAAAAACGAAAUCAGAAUCGUUCAAGCUUCAUUGCUAGGCUCUAUUCUGGCCAAUUUGCUACUUAUCCUGGGCAUGGCAAUGCUUCUGGGAGGUCUACGGUUCCGUGAGCAAGUCUACAACUCUACUGUGACCCAGAUGAGCGCUUGUUUGCUCAGUUUGAGCGUAAUCAGCUUGGUUUUGCCGACAGCCUUCCACGCCUCCUUCAAGAACAACGCCAAAGCCGAUGAGCAAACACUCAAGAUCAGCCGUGGAACUAGUGUCGUUCUCCUUCUCGUCUAUGGCAUAUACUUGCUGUUUCAGCUCAAGUCUCACGCGUACAUGUACGAAUCCACUCCUCAGCAUAUUAUCGAUGCCGAGUUAGCUCCUGGCCCGGCUGCUGGCUUCCUGGACUCUUCUAGCUCUGAUGACAGCUCGUCUUCGAGCUCGGAUUCAUCUGACUCUGACUCGUCUCAUGGUACCAUGCGGAAGAGGAUGAAAAAAGUCCUGCGCAACAGACGACACCGAAGGUCUAGUGCAGCUUCAGUCGAUACUGCCGAUACUAAGGGGACUCGUGCCGCCUCGUUCACAACUACCAACACUACACCUCAGGACGAAAUCCCUGAAGCAACAGCCUCGCGCCAUCGAAUCCCCCGUUUCCCCUCUUACGAAGGAAGUGAUAAUGCCAUCGAUGAAGAGGAAGAAACGAAGCGUUCCCAAAGGCGACGUCGCUACCGCCGACAUAGGCACCGCAAGAGCAAGAAGGAAGCUCGCAAGGCUGAAAAGGCCAAAGACACUCAGUCCCCAGACAAACUCCCUGACAAUACUCUACGGACCAAGGAUGAGGGUGAACCUCGCCGCGUGGACUUUGCAGUCCAGGAUGAUGUCGAGAGUGGGCCCUCAAAUACGGCCAAGCGACCAUUCCCCCUGAGAGUGAUCUCUGUCAAAACAUUGGCUCCUGUGUUUACUGAGAGCCCUUCUAUGGGUUCCGCCCCUGCCCCUCAUGUUCGCUACGGCAUCCGACGUACCAAUUCACUCCCGGACCGUCUGCAGAUUCGAGCACCUGGUGCAAUGCUGCCAUCUCAUGUCCCAUCCUCUUUGCAUGCCUCUGGCACUCAGAUUGUCAACGAUAAGGAGGAGGACGAAGAAGAGGAGCACCUUACCCAGCUUGGCGCCAUCAUUUUGCUCCUCGUGUCCACGGCCUUGGUAGCUGUUUGUGCCGAAUUUCUUGUCGACUCUAUUCAAGAGGUUAUCGAAACCUCUCAUGUCAAUCAAGUCGGAAUCGGUCUCAUCAUUCUUCCCAUUGUCGGUAACGCAGCUGAGCAUGUCACCGCUAUCAAAGUCGCGUACAAAAACCACAUGGAUCUCGCCAUCGGUGUUGCUGUAGGUAGCUCGAUCCAGAUUGCCCUGCUCCUCACUCCCUUCAUGGUUAUACUUGGAUGGAUUAUGGACAAGCCCAUGACACUGUACUUCACAUUGUUUGAGACGGUGUGUCUCUUUGUAUCGGCGUUCAUCGUGAACUUCUUGGUCUUGGACGGAAGAAGUAAUUACCUUGAAGGUGCCCUACUCUGUGCGGUGUACAUCAUCAUCGCCGUUGUGGCAUUCUUCUAUCCCGAUGAAAACGACGCCAGUGUUUGGGGUGGAGGUACCUAG